AGUUUCUGUGUUAAUUAUUGACUUAUUAAUUAAAAAAUUAAUAAUUAUCGCAGAAACGGCUUUGAAAAGUGGGCUGGAUUAACUGGGAAAAUAGGCGGGAAAGCGGGAUCUGAGAACCCUAUUGUGGACUCUCCGUUAAUACGGCCAGCCGCUUCAUUCUGAAGUCCUAACCUGUAUUAUCCUUUAUAAUUUUACCCCGUUCAUUCGGCCACUUAAAACAGUUAUGUUCGUCUUUCGAUUGUUAGUAUUGUACGUACUGAUCGAAGUUUCAAUUUUUUAAAAUUAUAUCUGCAUUCCCGGUGCUUAUUAAAGAACAGUUGUUUAGAAGUGCGAUUGUGAUAUAUCACUCAGUUUUUACCAUUCAUGAAAUUUGACCCUACCCCGUUAUUAGCUAGUACAGGGCUACCCCGUUAAAACGACCACAAUUUCACGGCCCGUCGGUGACCGUAUUAACGGGCAUUCAUUUCAUUUUAAACCAGACGGGGGAUUAUAUCCAAUAGGGGAGUGGGGGCUUAGUGCUUAUAAUCGGAAGUAGUAUUUUGUUUACCGGCAAUUGGGUCUAUAACCCAGGGGACUUACAAGCGGCAGUUUACGGACGGUAUUCUGCUUAAAACAAGCCGGCUCUCAAUAGGAUUGAAGUUGUUUAUCGAACGUCCCAUAAUGUUCACACCUGACUAAAAGGAGUUGAUAAUGAUUAAAGAUUGUUUAUGAAACUAGCACUGGGAGGAAGUAGUUAUUUUAAUCGCUCAGAAAAUUAUAGCACUAAUGUUUGCGAUGAAGCCCGUCGCGCACGUCAUCGCGAGUGUCUUAACUUGUAAUGUAUUCAAACUUUCACAUCAAAAUAUUCAUGAGGGACGAAAAGAACAGCUAUGAAAACUUGGUCUGAGAUAAAAACCGAGCCCUUCUACACGGAUCAAGUGGUUGCUCUCACAAGGUCACGUGAAUGACUCGAUAAUCUUUAAAAGAACAAUAGACCUAGCAACAGAAACAAUGCCCCUAGCCCCUCGUUCAAACGUCCAGACGCUGCAAUUCCCCCUUUUAAAAACGAAGAGCAUACAGUUCACCUCCUGCUAACAAGGGGCACCAAACUUUGCAAAAAGUUAAUGGUUUUAGACCUACGUUAACAAUGAUUUGCUUUAAUGUUACAUUUAAGGUUAGGCUGUCAGACUGACAUUUGCAAUUCUAAUGGCUGACGUAGACGAGAUUCUUCAAGUUCUCUUUGUCGGUAUUGCGGUGGCAUCGAUUUUGCUUCAGACACGUCGAUUCAUGAAGGCCAUUGAGCUGCUCAGUGAGUGUUUGGUUCUUCUAAAGAAGCAUUCUUUGAAAUUAAAAAAAGACAAACUGAACGAACUUUUCGCGCUGGUCUAUGACCGGCAAUUUAAUCUUUACUGUCUUGUUGGUGACUACAAAAAUGCAAUCCAGAGUGGUGAGGAAGCGCUUUGUCUAUUUCGCGAAAAUGACGACUAUGGAGGUGAAGCCGUGUUGCUCAACAAAAUGGGAGAUGUAUACCUAUCGAUCGGCGAGAACGGAAAAGCCAAAGAAAGUUUCGAGAAAGCACGGACCUACUACCUUAACGAGGUGUCAAGGCUUCAGCAAGGAGAACAUUUGAAAAGAACGUUUGCAACACUUCUUUGCAACCUAGGAGAGUAUUCAAUACCCUUAUACGAAUUUACCAGUGCCAAGGACUAUUUUGAACAAGCUCUGGCAAUCUGGGAAGAAAUUGGUGAUAGACAGGGAAAAGAAAGAGCACUAAGCUUUUUAUCUGAGCUUAACUACCUGGUCAGCGACAGCAAAAAAGCCGCCCAAAACGAGGAACAAGCAAUUCCAGUAUACCAAACUGGUGGUAGCGAAAGCGGAGCUGGAUUGCUGAUUGGCAAAAUUGACGAUGUGUGUCAGUCGACUGGCGAACAGGUGGAAGUCAAAGAAAGCUACGAGGAGGCAGUCUCGUAUAUCUUUAAUGAAAUGAUGAAUGUUUAUGAAGUUCUAUUUCUUGAUCAAAGAGAAAAUUUUGAAAGAUUACUAUCGGAAGCAAACACUCAAGGGAAAGAAACGAUAGCAGGAUUUCUUUAUCGAUCAGGUACUGUAUCUUUGUCACGUUUCGAAUACCCAAAAGCUAAGGACUAUUUAGAAAGAGCUCGUGAAGUCUUCAGAGAAACUGGAAAUAGAAAGAACGAACCACAAGUACUCAUCGCUCUCGGCAAUCUGUACAAGGAAAAUGAAGAAUACGAACAGGCAAAAAUACAUUAUGAAGAGGCGAUGGUGAUCGCAGAAGACGUCGGCGAGACGUUUGACAAAGGAGUGGCAUACGGCAAGCUCGGGACAUUAUGUGACAUCAGGGGUGAAUAUGCCAAAGCCAAAGAAUUGCACAUGAAGGCUCUCGAAAUUAGUGUGGAACUCGGAGACAAAAAAGGGGAAAUCACGGAUCACCUAAAUUUUGCUAAGGUCCACAUUAAUUUGAGUGAACGCGAUCAAGCUCGGGAAUGCUAUCGCAAGGCACUGAAGAUAAGCAAAGAAAUUGGCAGCCAAGAAGCAGAGGCCUCGACAUACUUCGAUUUGGGAGUUUUUUCAUGCAGUCUGAGUGACUAUGAAAAUGCAGAAUUCAACUUGAAAAAGGCACUUGAAAUGUACAGGAAAAUUGGUGACACAGAGAAUGAAGGGUCUUCAAUUUGUCAACUUGGAUACCUUUACUUUUUUGUUGGCAGAUACCACGAGGCAAUUAAGUGUUACGAAAGAAAGCUUGAUAUUAGUAAAAUCAUUGGUGAUAAAAUAGGUGAAGGGACCGCAUACUGUAACCUUGGAACUGCCUAUCAAGCCCUUGGAGACUAUGGCAAAGCAAAGAAGUGCCAUCAACAAGCACUCGAUAUUACUACGAAAACAAAUCACGUACGAGGGCAGGCAAUAGACUACGGCAAUCUUGGAACUGUCUACCAGCAUCUUGGCAAUUAUGAGGCGGCAUACAAGCACCACGAAAAGGCGCUGGAGAUUAAGACUCGAAUUGAUCACAAGGAAGGGCUAUCUGCAGAAUAUCUUAACCUGGGAGUUGUUUGUCAGUAUCUUGGGGAAUUUGUGAAAGCCAAUGAAUGUUGCCAAAAAGCCCUUGCCAUCGCCAAAAAAAUUGGCGACAGAAGAGUUGAAGCAAACAUAUUAUGCAGAUUGGGAUCUAUAGAGCAAACUAUUGGCGAACACGAAAGAGCGACAGAGCACUACAAAGAGGCGUUCCAAAUCAGCAAAGAAGUCAAAGACAUCAGGCAAGAAGGGGAAAUAAAUUGCAAUCUUGGAUCUGUUUAUCAAUCUCUUGGUGACUUAACUACGGCCAAGAGGUAUUUGGAAAAGUCAUUGGCAAUCACCAAGCAAAUUGGAAGCAAAGAUUCAGAAGGCGCUGUUCUCAAUAACCUUGGUGGUUUACAUCAUUCACUGGGUGCACACGCUGAGGCAAGGGAAUGUUACGAGAUGUCACUUGCACUCUCAAUAGAAACUCGUAACCAAGAGCUAGAAAUGACAACGAACAACAACCUCGGGUCGUUGCACUUGUCCGAAAAUGAAUUCCAUAAAGGGUCCGAAUGUUUCAAAAGGGCAGUUCGGAUCUCUGAACAGAUGGGAGACGUGAAAGGGAAAAUUAGAAGCUAUUGCAAUUUAGCAGUGGUUUAUGUGGUAUCAGCUCAAGAUAUGCCAAAAGCUUUAAAAUAUCUCUCAGCAAGCAUUAAGGCCCUUGAGGAAAUGCGAGUAUUAGUGGGGGAGAGUGAGUACUACAAGAUAGGGCUGGCUGACGAAAAUGCUGCUCCUUAUCGACUUAUGGUUACAGUCUUGUUGAAACUGGAAUGCAUUGAAAUGGCUUUGAACGUAUCAGAACUGGAACGUGCCAGAUCACUGGCAGAGUCGAUGGCAACUAAAUAUUCCAUCGAACAGUUACCCGGUUUUAAUCCCAAUCGAUGGGUAGAGUUCGGGAAUUUCAUACAAAGGAAAUCCUGCACAGGCCUAUCAUUUUAUUUUGUACAUGAAAAUCUUUUGUGCUGGGUUUUAAAGACUGGCAAGGUAGAAGUUGUGACAAAUAAAGGGCUUACGACAGACAUCAGACCCCAGGGCGAGUCCAUUCAACGCUGGCUGGAGACAUUGGCACAUCAGACCUACAGAGACUUUUUGCUCUUGCAAGGAGAACGAUGUGAAGAUCGUUCCUUGUUUCUCUGGGAUGACGAUGCUGAGGCAAGAUCUCCAACACAAGUAAAAGAAACUCCCACCACUUCUCGGGGUAAAGAGCAUGAGGAAGAAGGUCAGAAGGAUCCGCCAGCCCUUAAAGAGUUGUAUAACAUGAUUAUUGCUCCUGUGCGUGAAUUUGUGGAGGGAUCUGAGAUGAUCAUCGUUCCAGACCGUUCUUUGCACAGAAUUCCAUUCGCAGCAUUAAAGGACGAGAGUGGUGAAUAUCUCUCUGAAAAGUUUAGAAUUCGUAUCAUUCCUUCUUUGACGACUCUCAAGCUGAUCCAAGACAGUCCAGCAACCUAUCACAGUCAGAAAGGUGUCCUUAUCGUGGGAGAUCCUGAAGUAGGCCUAGAAGAAUUACCUCCU